AUGGUCCCAAAUGAAUCCCAGCAGAAUAUCGGGAUCAUCCAUUUACUGAAACGGUUUGGAUGGUCAUGGAUUGGGAUCUUUGCUGUGGAUGAUGAGAGUGGAAAUAAUUUCUUGCAGACCCUGGAGCCCCUACUCUUUGAGAAUGGAAUCUGUUCAGCCUUCACAGAAAGAAUUCCAAAACAACCCGUUUUCCCCAUGGAUUAUACUACUUGGUAUACAACUGAGAAAUAUUCUGUACUGCUCAAAGAAGGGAAUGCCAGGGUGUUCAUUGUCUAUGGAGAAACAAUAACUUUCAUGUGGUUAACAAUCAUGAUGAUAGAAGUUAAUCCUAGAUUUAAAGAACUUAAAACUGUUGGAAUGUUGUGGAUAACGACAGCCCAGAUUGAUUUCGCACUAACGAGCAUUCAGGAAGUAGUAGAUUUCGAGAUCUUUGAAGGUGCCAUUUCCUUGAAUAUCCAUUCAAAAGAACUUCAGAGGUUCCAGAAAUUUCUUCAGAAAAUACACCCUUACUGGACAGAAGGAGAUGGUUUUCUCAAGGUAUUCUGUGAGCAAGCAUUUCACUGCUCCAUUCCAAAUUCUGGGGUGACAUCAGAUGUUAAAAGAACAUGUACUGGGAAGGAAAUUUUGGAGAGCCUUCCUGGGCCGUUUUUUGACAUGUAUAUGACUGGCCACAGCUACAGUAUCUACAAUGCUGUCUAUGCUGUGGCCCAUGCCUUGCAGGCCACAGACCCCUCUGCAUCCAACAAUAAAGCUGUGGUGGGCAGAAGAAGGCUUAAACUACACAGUAUUGAGCCUUGGCAGCUCCACCCAUUUCUUCAAGGCAUUUCAUUUAACAACUCUGCUGGAGAUAAGAUUUCCUUCAAUGAAUAUAGAGAGAUAGUGGAUGGAUUUGACAUAACAAAUUUGGUUCUAUUCCCCAACAACUCCUUCGUUAGAGUAAAAGUUGGAAGAGUGGAUCCCGGCACUCAGGAAGGAAAACAACUCAUCAUUGAUAAGGGCUUGAUUGUCUGGCACAGAGAGUUUAACCAGGUGCAGCCAAUUUCUCUGUGUAAUGCUCACUGCCUCCCGGGUUAUCAGAAGGAGAAAAAGGAAGGGGAGAAAUUUUGUUGCUACAACUGUGUUCCAUGCCCAGAAGGGGAGAUUUCAACCCAGAAAGGCAUGGAUGACUGUUUCAAAUGCUCAGAGGAUCAUUAUCCAAGCAAGGAUCAAGAUCAAUGUAUUCCCAAAACUAAAAGUUUCCUAUCUUAUAAUGAACCUUUAGGGAUCAGUUUAGCCUUACUUGCUAUUUCUUUUUCCUUUCUAACAGUGUUAGUGCUCUGGACAUUUAUUAAGCACAAAGAUAGCCCCAUAGUCAAAGCCAACAAUCGAGAUCUCACCUAUAGUCUCCUCAUCUCCCUCCUGCUCUGCUUCCUCUCUUCUUUGCUAUUCAUUGGACAAUCUGGGAAAGUGAUCUGCCUUCUCCGACAACCAACUUUUGGCAUCAUCUUCUCAGUGGCUGUUUCUUGCGUGUUGGCCAAAACCAUCACUGUGGUUGUAGCUUUCAUGGCCACCAAGCCAGGUUCCAGCAUGAGGAAGUGGGUGGGGAAAAGACUGGCCAACUCCAUUGUCCUUUUCUGCACUCUUAUUCAAGCAAGCAUUUGUAUGAUGUGGUUGGCUAUAUCCUCCCCUUUCCCUGAUUUGGAUAUGCACUCAGUGGCAAAAGAAAUAGUUGUGGGAUGUAAUGAAGGGUCUGUCAUCAUGUUUUACCUUGUCCUGAGCUACAUGGGACUUCUGGCCAUCAUCAGCUUCAUUGUGGCUUUCCUUGCUAGGAAGUUGCCAGACACAUUUAAUGAAACCAAAUUUAUCACCUUCAGCAUGCUGGUGUUUUGCAGUGUUUGGUUGUCUUUUGUUCCAACCUACCUGAGCACCAAGGGGAAAUACAUGGUAGCUGUGGAGAUCUUCUCUAUCUUAAGCUCUAGUGCUGGGUUGCUGAGCUGUAUCUUUUCCCCCAAAUGUUACAUUAUUGUGCUAAUGCCAGAGAUGAACAAGAGGGAGCAGAUAAUUAAGAGAAAGAAUUAA